UUGGGUGGGAGGGGAAAAGACAUGCUUUCCCUUAGCAGAGAGAGUCAGCAAAUUCAGCUGCCUGCUCGGGAAGGGAAGGAGCCGCUUCAGAGAACAGCUGGAUCAAAGAUCUCCUGGGGACACAGGGAGCUUUGCAAGGUCCCAGAGAAGAACUUAUGCCCAGCUGCUGUGACGUAGCAAUGACCUCUUCUUUGUCGCUACCUGAUGGAGACAGUACUGCGGAAUUUUGCAUUUUAACAUUUGCAGACCUGGAGCUGAAAGAUCACGGUCCUUCCCCACCCGAGGGCCACCUGAAAGCCGAAUUAGAUGCCAGGGCCCGAAAGAAGUAUGCGUCCGCAAAGAAAAAGGCCUUUGCUCUCUUCGUCAAAGCCAAGGAAGUGGUAGCUGACACUUGCUGCCCGAUGUCUGCUUGCCAAAGGGUGAUUUCUUGGAGAUGCUGCCAAGAAACUUUCAAAGACCUGACUGGAAUUCACAGACAUGUAGCGGCUCAGCAUUCGGGCGAUGUGGGGCAGCAGACCUCCGUGAUCCUGAAACAGAUGGCACGCGGUGUCAGUGUCACAAGUAGCCCAGUUUCGUCAGCAGAUGAAACACCCAGGCCUAGCAGGGCCCUGUACAGAAGCCAAGAGAUGUUCCAGAAGCUUCCAGACACAAGCCAUAUCGAUAUCAAUGAAAUGACAAGUGACGGUGAGCCUGGCCAAGUUUUGCUGUACUAUUGUUACUGCGAGGUGGCAGAUCCCCAGGGACUCUGUGACUGGCAGAGGGCUUUGUGCCAACACCUGCAUCUCACGGGCAAGGUGCGAAUAGCUUCCGAAGGAAUCAACGGAACCGUUGGUGGGAGCAAGAUGGCUACUAGUCUUUACGUGGAGGCGAUUCUGUCUCACCCCCUCUUUAAAGGCAUUUUGACAAGGGAGGAUUUCAAGACCAGCACAGGAGGAGCCCACUGUUUCACAGGCCUUUGGGUUGGCGUCUUUGAAGAAAUUGUGCCCAUGGGAAUCAACCCGCAGAAAGUCUCUUACAAAGAAACAGGGAUCCACCUGACUCCGAAGGAGUUUCAUCUAGAAGUGGAGAAAUAUCUCUCUCAGGGUAACAAAGGGCAAGCGGACACCAUUUUGCUGGACUGCAGGAACUUCUACGAAAGUAAAAUAGGACAUUUCCAAGGUUCUUUGGCUCCGGACAUCAGGAAAUUCAGCUACUUCCCCACCUAUGUGGAUGAGAACCUGGAUCUUUUCAGGGGAAAGAGGAUCCUGAUGUAUUGCACGGGAGGAAUCCGUUGUGAGCGGGGCUCAGCCUACCUCAGGUCCAAGGGCGUGUGCAAAGGAGUGUACCAUCUCAAGGGUGGCAUCCACAAGUACCUGGAAGAAUUCCCAGAUGGCUUCUACCGAGGGAAGCUCUUUGUCUUUGAUGAACGUUAUAGCAUCUCCUCCAACGGUGAUGUGAUUUCAGCCUGCCGUUACUGCGGGAUGCUCUGGGACCAGUAUCGACUUUGCUCCACCCAGCCCUGCCGCCAGCUUGUCCUGGCAUGCCCGCAGUGCCAGCUGAAAGGGUUCACAGCCUGCUGCCCCCUCUGCCAGAAGAAAGGCCUGGCGCUGGCUUCAGCUCCUUCCGGACUCUCCUUCAAGGAGGAGUGUGAGUGCACCGGCACACGGCGGCAGGUGCCGGUGGAGCGCAUCUAACCAAGGAUCCCACCUCCUUGGACAUCCGCUUGGGGUGCCCAAAUCCCAGCUCUCUUUUCAGGGGAUUUGAGGCAAGCAGCUUUGCUGACCUCCGGUUUCAGGCAGUUAAUCAGGGCUUCACGGCAACGCUAUCGCAACUCUCCGAACUAAAUUAAUGGUGCAAGCAUGUACACACAACAGAACUCCCAUGGUGCUACACAACCGUUUCCUUGUGUGAGAUGAUCACCCCUUCCCUUCGGGCGGGACGCAGAGCGCUGACAGAAAGCAUCACUGCUCUGCUUCUCUGAACCAGGGCAAGACGACAGAGCGACAAGGCACAGUGAGGUGUAAAGAGGAAAGGAAAUUAAAGGAAAAGCACACCACCGACAGGUAGACUCUCAUGUGUAUGUGCAUUGGGAGGCUACAAUGUGCUCUGGCUUCCAGCAAAUGUGGGCCACCUAUACAUGCAGUGAGUGAUGCGCUUGUAGGUAUAGGCUGUGAUCGGCCUGCAAGUUUCCCAGUCUUCCCUCCCAAAAGGUGAAUUUUGGGUAGGAAACUGCGCUGGUUCCUGGUUUUUGUGGAAUCCUCACCCCUGCCCAGGUAGAAGAUCUGCAUGGGCACCUGAAGAAUCAAAAUAAUCAGAAUUGUAGAGUUUGAAGGGAUCUUAAGGGCCAUCUAGUUCAACCCCCUACAAUGCAAGAAUCUCAACUAAAGCGUCCAUGACAAGAUGGCCGCCCAUCCUCUUCUUAGAAACUUCCAAGAAAGGAGAGUCCACCAUCUUCUGAGGGACUCCCUCCCAUUUUGAACGGCUCUCACUAUCAGAAACUUUUCCCUGAUGUUUAGUUGGAAACUCCUUUCUUGUAACUUGAAGCCACUGGUUCAAGG